UGUUUCGAGUGUUGUGUGGUCCUAGCUCGCAAGACUACUAAUAGGCAGAGGGUAUGCCGACCCGCAUGCCCUCGUCUCUCUGUUUCAUCCACCGAUGUUAGUAGCAUACAAGGCAGACUAAUCAUAGCAACCCCUUUACCCAGUCACCGCCAGCGAGGUGGACGUGAUGACCGCUGACAAGUAUCAGGCAGCGGCCUUGAGCCACUGCCACAAGGCCACCGUCUUGGGCAAUAUAAUCGCCAUUCAUAUGCUCGAGUACAUCACGGCCGCCUCGAGCCACCAUGACGGCCUUCACGAGCUGGCCCAUGAUUUUCUCGACGUUUGCCGGAUCAUGUGGUCUAUAGAAGCAGGCUUGGUAGAGUAUACGCGGACUGGCCAAUCGUUGCCAGUAGAGAUGACACAGGAGCUCGAUCGCAAGUUCAACACCGCCCAUGUCGAUUUCCAGGGCGUCGAUCAUUGGCUCAGUCGCUCCCUGAGCGAGGAACGCGGGGGUCCGGGGAAGAAGCUAUCAAGGGGCUGGCGGAGAAUUUUCUCGGGGAAUGAGAUACCAAAGAUGAGACAGGCUCUCGGCAAGACGCGAGAGUCCUUAAGGAUGAGCGCACUCAUGUUCCAGUGGUCCAUCGGGGAGGCCAAAAUCGACGAGUCCCUUGGUAUUGGAUACACUGCUCUCUCUGCAGCUCUAGAUCGACUUGAGAAAGGAAGCUCGAGCAAAGGGAGCAUAUCGAAACCUAGUCCAGGCAUGGACGCUUCAUAUACGAGUCACAGCCAUGAUCAAAGCCAGGUCGUCGAAAUUGCUUUGGAUGAUCAUAUAUCUCCAACCCACACACUUACGCUGCCACGCGCGAAUACGGUUCGGUCGUCGACAUCUGGCCCGCCAAUGCAGUUCUCACUUCGGGAUGAUCACCCACACCGAGUUCCAGAUUUGCCAACGGAGCCAAACUGGAAUGGCUUGGGCCAGCUCGACUUGUCUAAUGGAGCACGCAGACGAACGCCUUCACAUCAUACAGACACGGUUUCGACGCGCAGCGCCCACAGUCGAACGACACCCCCUUCGGACCCGCCAGAGGACCUCAGAUCUGGCGGACUGGCCGAACUUGAACAAUUGGGCUUGUCGGAUCAUGAGUAUAUCAGCGACAUGAAGCCAACUAAGGUCAUUCGCCUACCCGUGAACCCUUCGAAGAUGCCACGCUGGGUGCCUCGAAACUCUAUAGGCGCUGAUACCCCCUCAUUGAAACUCAACCUUAUAACCGCAAUUCGAGAUCGAAACAGCAAGGCGGUCGAGCAGCUGCUCGAUCGCGGGGUCCCCGCAAAUGUUGGCCCAGACUAUCAUGCCCUGAACGAGGCCAUUCGUCAACAUGAUCUCGAAAUUGUGCGCUUGUUGAUGCUAUUUGGCGCAGAUCCUAAUUUAGCAGGACACUCAGGCGCAUCGCCACUCAUCGCAACUGUCGAGGAAGGCUUCUUGGACGCUGCCUCUCUUCUCCUCAAGUAUGGAGCUGACUCCAAUCUCCCCCCAGCGAUUGAUCACGACUCACCCUUUGCCCUCGCUGUCAUAAAGGGUGACACCCACUUUAUACGUCUCUUCUUGAUGUACGGCGCAGACACAAACCAGAUAACGGCCGACGGCGAGACAGUUCUGACGAAAAUCAUCGGCGCCAAAUGCAAUAGAUCUCUAGUCGACAUGAUUCUUAACUACGGUGCCGAUGCCGAUGGCAAGAGCAAGGAGGGCGAGACAGCGCUAUUUAGGGCGAUAACUGCUGGCCGCGUGGACAUCGUCGUAUCACUUCUUGACCAUCAUGCGAAUCCGAAUCUACCGGGACCGAAGCAUAUGCUCUGGCCGGCCGCAUAUCAGCCGAAGUGCCUCCAGGUAUUACUUAACCGCGGGGCAGACCACAAGAAGACACCGGGUAUUAUGGAGCUCGCUACGUCUAUCAACAAGAUUGACUCAGUGAGUGUUCUGCUUAACGCAGGUGUUGAUCCCAACUCCAAGAAGGACGGGGUCUACACGCCAUUAUGCUCUGCGAUUCGCGACAAUCGCGCAGACAUAUUCCACCUUCUCCUCGCCAACGGCGGCGACCCCAACGUCCCGGCCUCCGAGUACCCCUGCUUCAAAUGUGUGACCCAUAAUCGAUUACAGUUCUUACCGCACCUCGUAGCGGCGGGUGGCAAUCUUAAUGCACCCAAAGGCAUCGCGGAGACGGCGGUACAGUUUGAUAAUAUGGAAGCACUACUAUGGCUUUUGGAUAAUGGAGUAUCGCCAAACGAUCAGGCACCUGACACAAGGGCAACGCCUCUAACAACAGCAAUUGGCCUGAAUAAACCUGAUUUCGUCGAGGUCCUCUUGGCACGAGGGGCGAACCCCAACAUCCGUGGCCAAGAUUGGCCCGUCUGCAUGGCCGUUAAAUACCCAGUCAUCCUGAAGCGUUUGUUACCUGCCCUUGCACAGCCCCGCGCAUUCAAGGGUGUUGUGGAAAUGGCUGUAUCAGCGAAUAAACUAGAGUCAGUCAAGUUAUUACUAGCGGCGGGUGUCAACGUUGAAGACCGCAACGGCGGUGUGUUCAGUCCUUUGACGACAGCAAUUCGCGAGCGUCACAAGGAUAUUGUAGCCUACCUUCUAGAUGAAGCCGGUGCGGACCCGAACUCUCCUGGCGAGCAUCUCCCUAUCGUCAAAGCGCUACGUCGCUACGAACCCCCCGACACGGAGAUCAUCGAGAUGUUAUUACGAAAAGGCGCGGACCCGAACAAGGUGUACCGUGGCCACAGCGCCAUCAUCCAGGCGGUCGAGAUGGGCGACCCCUUCAUCCUACGCCUACUGAUCGAGAAAUGGGGCGUCGACCUAGACGCCAUAGACGACACCGGACGCACGCCGAUUGAAAUAGCGGAGAUGCGCGGGUGGGAGGAAGGAAAGGAUAUCUUAAUCAGGGGCAAGAAGGCCGUGUGACUAUCUACAAGACCGGCAUGGGCGGGCCCAGUGAAGGAAGUAUUAGAGAUCAAGGACGGGUUCUGGACCAUCCAGGAACCACUCCACGUCUGAGAAGUAUAUGAGUUUCUCCUGGCGAGAUUUCGUUGAUACCUACUUGCUUUAGCUACUUACUACUCCACUGCUCCCUAUUUUCCUAUGUUAUUAAUGAUCGGGGGCAAAAUGGGGGGAUGGUCGAUUACGAUAGCUUACGCGC